UUCACGGCGGAUGCGCGCCGCUGUCUCCACACCAGGCGCUCGCCGAGGACGCACGGAAAGUUCACCUCCAAGUCUGCGCGCGUGUGCGUGCGUGCGCGCGUGAAUUCGCGCUCAUGUGUGCACGGUCUGUCUGCCUAAUAGAGUGACCCCCCAGCGCGCUGUGUUAAAGGGAAGACAAGAGAGCUGAGUCAACGAAUACGCGGCGAGAAGGAUGCAACAGUUGAUGUGCGCAAGUUGCACAGUUGGUGUUCGGGGAGGAUGGUGGCUUUGAUCCGCGCGGAGGACGGAUCGGAUGUUUUGCAGCUUUAAACCCCCCUCAUCUGUCAGAUAAAACGGGAAAUCAAGCAAGGGAGGAAGAGUUGUCGGCCGUCCACUCCGCGCGUCUUUCUCUUCUCUCUCUCUCCCCCCCACCCGCGCCCGCCGCUCCCCACUCCACCGAAAUGGACAUUCGGACAGACACGCGUCCCCACGCUCUGCCGGAAUGGAGCUGAAGCGCGGAUCUCGGUGAGUUGCAGUGCAGCCUGCACCCAAUAUGCAUCGGAUUCUGCAGAGGAGGCGAGUGCGCAAGCUGCGGGUCGUCUGGGCUUCUCUGGCCCUGGUGGCUCUGUCUCUGGCCGCGUGCAGCGCGCUGUUCACGGCGUGGACUUGGCGACAGACGCGGGACCUGUCUCAGUCCUUCAAGAUCCUGCAGGACCGACUGGAGCAGGUCAACACACAGAGGAAGGCCAUUGUUCAGCUCAUUCUGGAGAAGAGAGAGCUGCUGGUGGGCCAGAGGGUGAAGAGAGACGGGGGGACGGUGCGAGGGAGGAAUGGAAAUGGAAAGAAAGCGGCGUCUCAUUUUGAGAUAACCAAAGUGUCCUCUCAGCAAGUGGGAGAGGGUGGUGUGAUAAAGGGUUGGGAGGAGAGGACGCUGAAUAUGAGUAAAGCGGUGAGGUACAACAAGGAGCAAGGCACCUUCACCGUGGAGAAAGCGGGCGUCUACUUCCUGUUCUGCCAGGUGUUGUUCAACGAGCAGCAGUCUCAGUAUGUGAAGCUGGACGUGGUGACCAGGGGCCCGAGGCCCCAGAAGCUGCAGUGCAUAGAGGGUUACGGGACGACCCCCUCCGCGGGGCCGCACCCUUUCCACUUCCUGAAGCCCUGCCAGGUCUCCGGCCUCCUGCGACUGGACAAAGGCACGGAGCUGCAGACCAUCACGGGCUCGUCCUUCAAACUCCACGCGGUGGGCAACCCCUCGGCCUCGCCUCACAUCUUCAGCAUCUUCAAAGUCAACUGAAGCUGGGGAUCUUUUUUUUUUAUAUAUAUAUUUUUUUCUCUUCUACUCGGUAAAACAGUCAUAAGCAGCUGCGGGUUAUCGUGCCGAGCCACAGCCGCUUCCCCCGAAGAAGUUAAUUCGAAAGACAAACCUGACAUUUGUGGAAGUUGUUGUGGAAUUUUUUGUUUUUUUUUUCUCUCUGGACAGCGGUGCUGUUUUGGAACGCAGAAACACAGACUUUUGGAUUAAAACCAGGAACCCAAAGUGGACGAACUGGCGUCGAAUGAACGUCUGCCGAGAGAACAGAUGUGACGGAGGCUGCUCCGUAGAUAAAGGGCUUCAUAUAAAAAAAGUUCUUGGAUGCUCCUCUCAGCCUCUUUCGUAUCGUGUAAUAAAUUGUGCUUACACUCUUUUCAUAAGACUGACAGUAAAGCUGUGCAUGCACCUUCCACUUUUUAUAUCGCUGGUGCCUCAAGGAGCUGAGAGCACAUCUGCAAGAUCCCGACACUAUUAACGGCCUACAAGAGUUGUCAGUGAUAUUUUAUACCGUGCGCGUGUUUGUUUGUGAAAGUCUGAUGAAUCAAACAUUUCUUCUGUUCAUACUGAUUUUAUGAUCUUUACAAUGCAACGUGUGUGUGUGAAUUAUUGCCUUUUCUUUAAAUGCUUUGUAUAUACGUCACGCUUUUUUUCUUUUUUUUUUAACAUAUGUGCAUAUCAAGUCAGCAGCUGGCAAAGAAAGGAGGACGUUUUUUUUUAAAAAGACGGAUGUGAAUUUGUGCUCUUUUCUAAGGUCGAAGUUGAUUGUUCCAUGGUUUAUGAUCGUAUCCGUAUGUACAGUAUUGGCUUUACUUCUGAAAAGCAGUCGCGAGUUACAGUAACCAAAGCUUUGCUUCUCUUUUACGGCCUUGUUGUUAUCUGACGACACGGUUACCAUCCCUUCCAAGUUGUCUUGUAAAUCAUUAGGUAAUUAUCAAUUUGCCAUGAAGAGUUGGUCAUUAAACAGUACUGCAGGGGCCCUCAUGUCCAAAGAUAUAGUGUAAAUUAAAGAUGAAAUUAAGUAUUA